AUGCCUGCUGCUGGGAUGCCGAGUCUUCUCCAGAGUUCUCCUGAGAGUCCUCAGAGUCCUCCUGAGAGGCCUGACCAGUCUCCUCUCCAGAGUCCUGUGAGCUCCUUCGUCUCCUCCACUUCACUGAGUCUUCAGAGUCCUCCUGAGAGUCCUCAGAGUCCGCCUGAGGGGCCUGACCAGUCUCCUCUCCAGAGUUCUCUGAGCUCCUUCGUCUCCUCCACUUCACUGAGUCUUCCCCUGAGUUUCCCUGAGAGUCCUCAGAGUCUUCCUGAGGGGCCUGCCCAGCCUGGUUUCCAGAGUUUUGUGUGUUCCUUCUCCUCCACUUCACUGAGUCUUCUCCAGAGUUUCCCUGAGAGUCCUCAGAGUCCUCCUGAGGGGCCUCCCCAGUCUCCUCUCCAGAGUCCUGUGAGCUCCUUCCGCUCCUUCCGCUCCUUCCCCUCCUUCCCCUCCUUCCCCUCCUUCCCCUCCUCCCCCUCCUCCCCCUCCUCCCCCUCCUCCUCCUCCUCCUCCUCCUCCCCCUCCUCUUCCUCCUCUUCCUCCUCCUCCUCCCCCUACCCCUCCUCCUCCCCCUACCCCUCCUCCUCUUCCCCCUACCCUUCCUCCUCCUCUUCCCCCUACCCCUCCUCCUCCUCCCCUGUCUCCAGUUCAUUGAGUUUUCUCCAGAGUUCCCCUCAGAGUCCUCCUCAGGGGCCUGCGCAGUCUCCUCUCCUGAGUCCUGUGAGCUCCUUCUCCUCCACUUCCCUGAGGUCCUUCUCCUCCAUUUCACUGAGUUUUCCCCCAAGUUCCCCUGAGAGUCCUCAGAGUCCUCCUGAGGGGCCUGCAGAGUUUCCUCUCCUGAGUCCUGUGAGCUCCUUCUCCUCCACUUCCCUGAGUCUUCCCCCAAGUUCCCCUGAGAGUCCUCAGUGUCCUCCUGAGCGGCCUGCACAGUCUUGUCUCCUGAGUUUUAGUUUCCCUGAGAGUCCUUGGAGUCCUUCCGAGGGGCCUGCCCAGUCUCCUCCCCAGAGUCCUGUGAGCUCCUUCUCCUACCACUCCUCCAGCUCAUUGAGUCUUCUCCAGAGUUCCCCUGAGAGUCCUCAGAGUCCUUCUGAGGGGCCUGCCCAGUCUGCUCUCCAGCGUUUUGUGUGCUCCUUCUUCUCUGACUGUUUGAGUCUUCUCGAGAGUUCCCCUGAGUGUCCCCAGAGUCCUCCUGAGGGGGCUUCCCAGUCUGCUCUCCAGGGUCGUGUGAGCGCCUUCUCCUCUAGUCCAUUGAGUCUUCCCCCGAAUUCCCCUGAGUGUCCCCAGA